AUGACCACUCUUCCCAUCCGACCGAAGCGGCAAUCACAUGACCCUGUUCACGAGAUCAUUCAAGCUCACCGAGAACAUGCAGCGGGGACGAAACCUGCCUGGUAUUACCUUGCCAGAUUGAGGAUGCCAGAACUGAGUAGAGAAGCUGUUGACCUCUUGCAAGAGCAAUAUCGAUUGGAGGUAGACUCGGAGUGCAAGACAACGACGGCGCAGAAAUGGGCACAGAUCGGGCGUCAACUGCGUGACAAAAUUCCUUCUCACUUUGAUACCCUCGACCACCUCCAGAAGCGCAUUGACAUGUGGACUGUGUGUGACAGAGAGGCAAUCGCUCGGCUCUUCGAGGGCGCUGUUACGGAAACAGAACGCCUCAAAGUCCUCUUAGGUUCAUCGAUGGAUGCUCCAAGCCCAGGCGAUGCUUUCCUGCAACGUAAGCUGGCUCAUGAUAACGAAGCGGUCAAGGCGAAUGUGACUAACGCAGCGACAGAGCAAAAGCAUGCCUUAGAUGAUCCUGAUGAUGACGACCACGAAAGCGAUACCAGCGUCGAAAUCCGAGUAGAAGGUCUCCCAAGCAAGAAAGCCCGAAGAAACCGUCGGCAGAGGGAAAAGCGGAGAAACCGAGCUGCUGGAGCUGCUGCAGGAUCUUCUGGCCUCACGGAAAGCUAG